GAGGCUUGUUGGGAGUUUAGACGAGCGGAGGCAGCAAAAUGGCGGAUGAAGAUAUUACGCUUGAUGGAAAACCUCUACAUUCGCUCCGAGUUGCGGACCUUAAAGCUGCUCUUGAGCAAAGAAAACUCCCUAAAAGUGGACCGAAAAAUGCACUGAUAAAGCGCCUAAAAGGGGCCCUGAUGUUGGAAGACCUCCAGAGGUCCUCGGCCUCUAAUUCUGGGCUGCAGCCCAACUCCCAGAUAGGGGAGGAGAUGAGCCAGAACAGCUUCAUUAAACAGUACCUGGCCACACAGCAGGAGCUCCUGCGUCAGAAGCUGGAGAGAGAGGCCCAGCACGCCGCCGAGACGGACGAGAGCUCCGCAGCAGAGGAAAAGGAGGAGCCCUCUGAAGGAAAUGACCCACUGGACACGCUGCGUCACUCAGUGGCCCCUCAGCCAGUGAUGGCUCGGCCGGAACCGGAGGGCCACCGGGGCCUCCGCAUGGGCCUGCAGGAGGCUCCGGGGGCCCCCGGCACCUGGCCCCUGUGGAACGCCCGCCACCAGCCGGAGCCCUCCCCGCCCCGCGCCGUGGCCUCGCUCUCGGUGCGCGUCCUGGGCCAGCCGGACCGCCAGGGCCCGCAGCCCGCCGUCCCCCAGCGGGCCUCCGACAAGGAGGGCGCGGCCCCCGCGGAGCCGGGGUCCGCGCACCCCGUCCUGCACCUCAGCCGCUCGGCCAUGGCGGCGGCGGCGGGGCCCGGUCGGGACCGGGACGACAGCGACGACGGGGACGACGACGACGACAGCGACGAGGAGAGCGACGAGGAGGAGGAGUGGGGGGCGCAGGUCAAGUCGGGCCGGGCCCCCGCCCAGCUCCGCCCCCAGCAGCAGCCGCAGCAGCAGGCACACGCCAGCGCCCCGCCCGCCGCCUCCCGCUCCCGACGCAAGCUCCAGCCCCCGCAGCACAUCCCGCCGCCGCAGGCGCACCCGCCCCCCAUGCAGCUGCGGCACCCCACCCCGCCUCCCUCACCGCCCCCCGAGCUGUCCUUCCCGCUCCCCGACACGCCCAAGCAGAGCCCGCCCAACGCGGAGGAGGCGGGGGGGUCGGGCGGGGAGAGCCCCAGGGCGCGGGCGCCAGGGGGCCGCCGCCGCCCGCCGCCGCCACAGCGCGACGAGGAGGACGACUCGGACUCCAGCGCGCGCUCCAGCAGCCCCGAGCCCACCCAGCGGCGGGGGGCGGGACUGCUGGCCCAGCUCGCUCACCGGAUGGACGCCGAGAAGGGGCAGCCCGCGGCCGGGGAGCCGGAGGCUGUGGACAUGUCGGUGGGCACGGUGUGGCGCUGCUCCGCUUCCUCCUCCUCUUCCUCGGCGGCGGCAGCAGUAGCUGGCCCCCCCGCCGCCCUGAUCCCAGGGAGACCGACGGAGGGCCAGAGAAGGAAAGAGGGGACCGGAGACGGUGCAGGGAACACGCGGCCGGGGGAGAAGGAAACACCCCAGAAGAGGGAGGAGCCGGAGAAGAUGGAAGUGGAGUCCACCAGCCGAGAGGAGGAGGAGGAGCAGCAGAAGAUGGCGCAGAGGCGGCCAGGAGAGGAGCGGGACAGGAAGGGAGUAGCGGAGGGCGAGAGACACCUGCCUCCAUGGAAGCGAGGGCGGGCGGCCGCGGCCGCGGCGACGACCCUGUCCACUGGGAGAGGAGAGGAGGCGGAGCUAAAGACGGACUCCGCCCACAGCGAGGCUGCCCUCGCGAAGGCGCCUGUCGUCACGCCAUCGGUGACCGUAAAGAGGCCUCACGUGUCCACCGACUCCGCUGCACCGCCCAUCAGGGCACCGCCCAUCAGGGCACCGCCACGAGGCGGGGUGGUGAUCACUGUCCGGGACUCCGGGUCCUCGUCGGACUCGGACUCUGGGUCUGACUCGCCCUCGCCCUCGUCCCAGUCCUCCACCUCAUCGCAGGAGAAGCCCCCACCUGCCAAGCUAGUCAAGAGCGCUGGCCACGGACGUGAGGGAGCCGAGGAGAAGCAGAAGACCAGCGUGGACGGGGAGAAAGCGACUCCACGCCAGAAGGCAGAAAGGGAGGUGUCUGAGUCGAGCGAAGCCCCGGCGAAGGAGGCGGAGCCAGACACUCAGAGCGCCAUGGCCCAGGAGCCGGCGUCCGAGGCCAAGCCGGCGAACGGCAGCGGCCUGGAGGAGAGCACAACUCCUAAGGCUUUUGCUGCCCGGAAGAUCUCCCUUAACAGCAGCAAGACGUCUCCACCCACCGGAGCGGACGCCGCGGCGGCGGGGGGUACGGCCGUCGAGUCCGAGACGGGGGGCGGCGCCACCGCCGCCGGGAGGAAGAGGAGGUGGGGCUCCAGCGCGGCCGUCACCACCAAGAAGCCGUCCAUCAGCAUCACCACAGACUCCCUCAGGUCGUUGAUCCCGGACAUCAAGAUGACCCAGGAGGCGGUGGUGGACCUCCAUCCGGAGGAGCUGCAUCUUUCUGGGGAGGAGGAGGAGGAGAGCCAGGGCAUGGACAACGGCCGGGCCGACCACGACCUCGGCCUCAAGAUCCGACGCACCGUCACACAGGUUGUCCCGGGCGACGGGAAGGAGAACGGCCAGGGGCGGGAGCCGCAGCCGCCGCAGGACGGAGACGACGAGGACGAGGAGGAGGAGGAGGAGGAGCAUGACGAGGCGGAGCAGCAGCAGCGGCUGGAGAAGGAGAAGCAGCGCAAGGCCCCCAAGGAGCGGCGGAGGAGCAGCACCCGGGCGGAGGACGCGGGCGCGCCGCGCCACAGCCCUGCCCGGCAGGAGGCCGAGGCCCAGAAAGUCACUCCCAGUGACAGCGUCGUGCGGCGCUCCAUCAGCCAGCAGAAGUCGGGCAUGUCCGUCACCAUCGACGACGCCGGCGCCGCCCUGGCCCCCCGGCAGCCCUCGCCGCCCCGCGGGAAGCUCUCCGCCAUCGUCCACGUCAGCAACCUGGUGAGGCCCUUCACCCUGGGCCAGCUGAAGGAGCUGCUGAAGCGCACCGGCACGGUGCUGGAGGAAGGCUUCUGGAUCGACAAGAUCAAGUCCCACUGCUUCGUCACGUACGCCACGACGGACGAGGCGCAGGCCACCCGGGCAGCCCUCCACGGGCUGAAGUGGCCCCCCAGCAACCCCAAGGUCCUCAGCGUGGACUUCUCCCAGCAGGAUGAGCUGGACUUCCACCGGGGCACCCUGAAGGUGGAGCGGCUCCCGGAGAAGCCGGGCCCUCCCCCGGGGGGCCCUCCCGCCCGCCUGCCCCCGCUGAUGCCCGAGCGGGAGCGCGACCGGGACAAGGGCCGCGAGCGCGGGGGCGGCCUGCGGGAGCAGUGGGCGGAGCACGGGCCGAUGGGCGUGGCCAUGCGGGACCCGUGGGCGGAGCGCGGCGGGCCCCUGGGUGGCGGCGGCGGCGGCGGCGGCGUGCGGGACCAGUGGGCGGAGCGUGAGCGGGAGAUGCAGCGGCGGGAGCAGGCGCGCUGCGAGCGGGAGUGGGACCGCGACAAGAUCCGGGAGUUCGGGCAGCCCGGCGAGGAGGUGCGGCGCUCCCGAUCCCGGGACCGCGAGCGCAGGAGGCGGGAGAGGGCCAAGAGCAAGGAGAGGAAGAGCGACAAGAAGGACGAGCCCCCGGCGAAGCUGCUGGACGACCUGUUCCUGAAGACCAAAGCAGCCCCCUGCAUCUACUGGCUGCCCCUCACCGAAGAGCAGGUGAAGAAGCGCAAGGAGCAGGAGCAGGAGGACACCAAGAGGAAGGAGGAGGAGAGGAAGGAGCGGCUGAAGGCCCGGGAGGCGGGCGGUCCCCUGGGUGGGGUGUCGCCCUCGAAGCCAGAGCAGUCGGCCGCUCUGCAGCGGCGGAGGGAGCGCAGUGGGCUGCUCCCCGCUCCGCUGGGCCCCGGUGGUUUUGGGCUCUGCUGA